AUGGGGCUGGCCUAUUUGGCCAUCUUCUUCUAUCAUACCAGGAAAUCGAUUCCGUCAUAUCAAAUAACAUUUCGGAAAAGGAGUAAUGUUCCUCUGUUUGUUCAUAUCGUUGUAGGACUUUACGAGAUCUUACACUUCCACUCUCAGGCCAUCUAUGGCAGAAAACCUGUACCCGACGCCACUGAUACCGCUCUCUGCGUGCUUCAUACGCUCACAACUCUGCAUCUCUCCAAGACUUUGCUAAGAGGAGACAUCACUACGCGUCCUUCAUAUCAAGCGGGCGGGAUCCUUCGUCUAUCAACCGGCUUAGCUGCUUAUAUCACGAGAAGUGAUGCACUUCACCGCGGUACAAUACGGAUGCUGAACGCGUUUCUAUAUACGAGGAUGCUAAUAUUCCUCUCCAAACGUACCGGCCUGGAUACCAUACAGUCUAAAGCUUCUGUUUAUUCCCAGAGUGUUUUCCUUGGAGCUGUAAUCGCGAUCUACGAAUCUGGAGUGUCUGGAGCCGUCCCACUCUACAUCCUCUCAGUCGGAUUCGUCAUACUCCUAAAUCACCAUAUCUCGCUCCAAAUUAACAGUCAAAUUGUACAGUUCUACCACACCUUGAUGCUAUGGCUUGGCCUAGCUGAGCUUAGGAGUAUUCGAACUCACUUUCACCCUCCUGAGCUUGAUGCUGGAAUUUCAGACCAGUAUGUGGUUGAUGCUGAAGACCCUGUAGAGAAGUUGACUGCGGAAAUGAAGAGGUCUACGCAUGCCCGGUCGUGA